AUUCACAUCCGAUUGAUUAAAAACAUGAAAUUAUAAAUAAAUUUCACAAAUAAAUACUGUUUUACAGUAGCCCCGAUGUUUGUCAGUCCUGUCACGUUUGCAUUAAAUUUAAUAUAAUUUCAUAAUAAAAUGCGUGCAUUACACCUUUAAGGCUAUGACUCAGAUGAAUUAACAUUUGAUGGAGGAUAAGCUGACUGAUCAAGGAUGCGUUUAUCAUUGAAUUGUAUGAUUUAAUGGUUAUUUUUGUAUACUUUUUCUGAGGAAAACAAGUUUAAAGGUCAGGCCCUGUUACAUUUUCAUAAGUGAAAAUGUCCGUUUCUGGUAGAACGUCCUGUUUAGUAAUAAAUCUUAUGCAACAGAUGGUUAUGGUUUAUCUGGUAUUUAUCUUUUUCUAAACCAUGUUUUCCAGCAUGCUUCAACAGAACAAGAUCUUCACACCUUUAAAUAAACAUCAAAUGUCAUUAAUGUGUUUUUUUCCCACUAUUUUCUAACAGAAAAAUCACCUCUAUACUGAUAGGGAACUGAAAACCAGUCUAUCACCCAAAACAAGGAACAAUACAAUAAUGCAUUCACUGCCGUUCUAGCAAGUCUUGAGAGCUGAAUCUCGAAACCUCUUUAUGAACAAAAGCAACUCAACAUGAUGGAAAACGCCACCUCCGUCCACAGCGAUGUGAAAUUCCUGCUCUUCCAGCGCUACCUCUUCCCACCCGUCUACAUCCUGGUGCUGGUUUUGGGAUUGAUCGGAAAUCUGGGAGCGCUGUAUUACUUCAUCUUCAAAAUCCAGCAGAAAUCGCCUUCGAACAUAUACAUCAUUAACCUAGCGGUGGCUGACACGCUUUUCCUGUUCGCCCUGCCCUUCCGCAUUCACUACCACCUCAACGACAGCAACUGGAUAUUCGGCGAUGCCAUGUGUCGCAUCACCGGCACCAUAUUCUUCGCCAACAUGUACAUUAGCAUCACCUUCAUGACCUGCAUCUGUGUUGACAGAUACAUCGCCACCCUCCACCCUCACACUUACCUUCGACUUCGCAACACUUGGCUCACUGCGCUGGUGAGUGGAGCAGUUUGGCUGGUCUCUGGGUCGGCCAUGUUGGCCUUCAUGCUAACAUGCCCGUUGUCAACCAAAGAGAAAAUGUGCUUUGAGGGAUUCACGUCAAAAGAAUGGAGUGAUUUGGCGCCCUACAGUGUAUGCAGCCUCAUCUUUGGAUCCCUUCUUCCUUCUGUGGUCAUUUUGGUUUGUUACCCACUCGUGGCCCAUCGAAUCAGCCAAAUCAAGAAUUCGACCGCCCGUGGAGCUCGAAGGAUCAUUUAUGCCAUCCUGGCCAUCACCAUUCUGUGUUUCCUGCCUUACCAUGUGGUCCAUCUAGUGCACCUUCUGUCACGCUUGAGUGAAAACCAAGAAGACGACUGGAUUUACUUUCUGCGUAGGGUGACCAUGGCUCUGGUCAGUCUGAACAGCCUCUUGGACCCGAUAUUGUACUAUUUUGCCACUGGCCACUACAAGUGGAGGCUCAAAAGGCUGAGGCUGAAGAAGAAAAAGGGGGUUUAUUCCAUUUCCAAUGGAUUUUGAGGGAAAUCAAUUUCCAAUUAGAGAGCUCUGUGCCAUGUAAGACAAGUGGGCAUCUAAACAAAUAAAUAAAAAUAACAUGUCCAUCUGCAAUGGCAACUGCAAAACAGAAAUGUGGACUCUAGUUUGACUCGCUGCAAGUUUGAUUAAAGGUGCUGUAAGUUUUGGACUCUUCUCAAGCAUAAAAAAAGACGUUAACAUGUGUGCAGAUGUUUUAAAAAUGUGUUAACAUACAUGUUUAUCCGAAUAACAAUGCUAAAGUCAGUUAUUCUCCUUUAAAAAUUCUAGCCGGCAGCUAGCUCUAUGCAACUCUUACAUGGUUGCCCACUGAAGCGAGGUCAGUACCUGGAUGGGAAACAUGGGAAAGCUUGGUUGCUGCCGAAAGUGGUGUUAGUGAGGCAAGCAGGGGGGCGCUCAACCCGCGGACUGUGUGUGUCCUAACGCCCCAGUAUAGUGAAGGGGACUCUAUACUGUUUAGUGAGUGCCGUCUUAUGGAUGAGACAUUUAAUUGAGGUCUUAACUUUCUGUGGUCGUUAAAAAUCCCAGGACGUCCUUCGGAAAAGAGUAGGGCAUACCUGCCAACACUUCUGUUUUUCAAGGGAGUCUUCUGUAUUUCAGACCAAUCUUCUGUAUUGUUCUGUCAUUAGGAAAACUCCCAGAAUUCCACCCCCCUUAGCUUUUUGGUACAGUCCAGCCAGCUAUUUGGUACUGUCCCCAUGUGCAACCAUCUCCACACCUGCUCCCCGCUCUUUAGUUCCUGCACUGUCGCCUCGCCCCCUCCAGCUCUUCACUACUUUGAGUGUCCAGGAAAGCGUAAAAUAAAUAUAAGAAAUUAUUCUUAUUAAAAAUGAGCGUUCUGUGUUGAAAAAUCUUUGUUUUGAUUGGUGUAACUCCGCCCUCUGCCAGCUUACCCAAUUAUAUUUCAACACCCCUGGUUGCAUUGGCGGAAAAUACAGCACAUUUCAUUUCAGUUUUGAAGGCUGCCUCAAUGUAUGUGGGAGCGGCUGAAAUGCGACCUUUGGAAUACUGUAGUAGCCUCUGAAAUGAGACAUAGAUUUAGAGUUAGAAAAUUCCACAGUGUUUUUGAAUUCGCAAACAAUAUAAAUAUUACAAACGUAAACAUUAGCUAAAUAGCUUACAGCAAGGUUUGAUCGCCCGGCUCGCUCCUGUUGGGGUUGUCAAACUGGCAACCUGGGUUUACGUAGAGUCAUCGUUGGAGGAGAAGCCGGUAAAUAAAAACCCUCUCAAAUGUUUUGAAAUUGGACUGCAAGAUCUAGUUCAACCACUACGGUGUCAAUCCAUAAUUUUUAAUUCAUAAGUGUGCAACUAAAGUGAAAAAUAUACAACAUAAAGCCAUAUGUGAUGAUUUGACUUGAGUAAUUUUUUCCCCUUACAUAAAUGUCCUAAUACAGUGCAGCAAUAUACAAGACAGAACUGUAGACUUGACUUAUUGAGUUUUUUUUUUGUUCUUAAAUGAUUGUAUUACUCCAGUGCAAAGAUGUCCAGAAGAGUAGAUAAUUCGUACACUCUCAGAAAAAAAAGGUCCUAAAAAGUCAAACUGGAGUCAUUAUCGUCAACACAAUCUAGCAGCAAUUUCUACUAUUUUUAGCUAAUUAGUUGCUCAUUUGUAUUAUUUAUUCAUACGUUUUAGUAAAAAUGACUCAAUCCCCAAUGAUGGUUGGGUUUAGGGAUGAGGUUUGAAUGAAAUUGUAUGUAUUCAUACACUCUCAGAAAUAAAGGUGCAGGAGCUGUCACUGGGGCAGUCCCUUUGCAAAUGGUACAUAUUUGGACCUAAAGGGUCCAUAAU